AUGUCGUCGGCAAACACGAACACCAUGGAAAUCGAAUCUAGCGAUGUGAUUCGCCUUAUCCAACAGUUCUUGAAGGAAAACAACCUCCUCAGGACUCUUGCGACUCUUCAGGAGGAAACGACCGUGGCGAUGAACACCGUGGAGAGUGUCGAGGCAUUUUCGUCCGAGAUUUUGCAAGGCCACUGGGAUAAUGUUCUCCGUAUCGUCUCCCAGCUAAAGAUUCCCGAGAAGAAGCUCAUGGACCUUUAUGAGCAGAUUGUCAUCGAGCUUGUAGAACUUAAGGAGAUUGGAACAGCAAGGACACUGCUGCGUCAGACCAACCCUACUCAACUACUUCGGGAUCAGUUUCCGGAUCGAUACUUGCAUCUGGAGCAUGUGCUUUCGCGUUCGCAGUUUGAUCCCAAGGAGGCAUACCCCAACGGCGUGUCGAAGGAAAAGCGGAGACAAAUCAUUGCUCAGGCACUGUCCAGUGAGGUCACUGUCGUGGCACCCUCGAGACUGAUGACUCUUCUUGGACAGGCGCUGAAGUUUCAAGAGCAACAGGGAAUGUUGCCACCCGAUUCUGCAUAUGACCUCUUCAGAGGUACCGUGCCUGUUGUUCAGGCAGAGACCGACGAUGUUCCUUCAAAAUGCUACAACACCAUCAAGUUCCCCAAGAAUCAGCAUGCAGAAUGUGUUGCAUUUUCCCCAAACGGUCAAUAUCUUGUCACAGGAAGCGCGGAUGGUUUUAUUGAGAUCUGGAACUACCUCACGGCUAAGCUUCGCAAGGAUCUCAAAUAUCAGGCCGAGGACAAUUUGAUGGCUAUGGAGUCAGCAGUUCUUUGUUUGGGUUUCAGCAAGGACAGCGAGAUGUUGGCGUCAGGAGCACAGGACGGAAAAAUCAAAGUCUGGAAGAUUCAAACAGGACAAUGUCUUCGACGAUACUCGCCUGCUCAUCAAGGAGGUGUCACAUCUGUCUGCUUUUCGCCGGAUGGUACCCAGAUCCUCAGCGCGUUGCAUGGAUUGAAGUCGGGCAAGAUGCUCAGAGAGUUUAGAGGACAUACUUCGUUUGUGAACCAUGCAUCCUUUUCUCUCGAUGGUACUCAGGUUAUCACCUCCAGUUCAGAUGGCACUAUCAAGAUUUGGGAUUACAGGACAGCGGGCUGCAUAAGAUCUUUCUCACCGCACGACGGUACAGGCACAAUGGCAGGCGCGGCAGGUCUGACUGUGAACUCGAGCAUACCCUUCCCCAAACCCAACCAAGUCCUCGUCUGUCUGAAAUCCCCCACAGCCUAUCUGUUGACCAUGGACGGCGCACCGAUCCGCAAGUUCACAUCACCCGAGAGUCUGACCGAGGGCGCGGUCAAGGACGCGACGGUGGCCAAGGCAGCAGCAGGAACUGAUUCGGCGAGGAAGGAAGGGUUGGGCGUACCGCUGACGGAUUAUGUGGCUGUGGCGUUAUCACCCCAGGCGGAGAUUGUGUACUGUCUAGCCGAGAAUAGCCAGGUGCACUGUUUUUAUUCGGAUACUGCAAAGGUGAUCAAGUCGAUCCCCAUUGCGGACAGCGAGGUGAUUGGAAUGGCUUCGCAUCCGUUAUCGAACGUGUUGGCUAUCUAUACCGUCGAUGGACGCGUCUUGCUCUGGAAGGCGUAG